CUCUUUUGAAAUCGAAACUGCACAGGAAAAUAACGAAACCAAAAUCGUCAAUAUAAUGGGUUUUAUUAAUCGCAAAACUGCAUUUUAUAUAAUAAAUAGUAUGUGAUUAUUGAUUGGCAACUUGGAAUAAAACAAAUGUAGUCAGGAUAUGCUACAUUAUUUUUAAAAUAAUGGGCGACCAAGAAGAAAUUUCAACUGAGGGUAUUGAUCCAGAAGCGCUUGAAAGUGCUCGCGUGUUACAGUCAGUGGCAAAGGAGAUAUCAAAUGAUGAUGAUCAGACAAAAAAGCUAAGAUCAAUUGUUGAGACAAUUGCAAAUGAAUCAGUUAAAGAAGAAAGGGAUUACCUGGUAUUGACAGGCCAAACGAGAGAGUUUGUUAAUACUCUUGGGUUCACGGCCCCGUUUUCGGUCAGUAAGUCUAAAGAUAUCAUUAACAUACUGCUCUUGAUGUGGAAUCAUACAAAUGUCACUAGAUAUGUUAUGAAAAGUGUUUACAAUGUGAAUAUUGCUUCGACGGUAGACGAGAUGAUAGAUCAGUUUCCGAGUGAUCUUAAACAGCUGGAUGCCCAGUCUGCUGAAAUUUUUGCUAAAGCUCUUAAAGAUGGCGCCGAAAAAGUUAAGAAUAUCCGCCUUAUGGUCGUUGGCAUGUUUGGAGUGGGGAAAACGUCCCUUGUUAAAAAUCUGAUAAAAGACUUAAGGGACGACAAUUUAAAACCUGUUAGCACUGAAGUUAUUGAACUGCGAAGAUGUCAGCUGAUGGAAAAUGGUGACUGGUGUUUGGAUAAAGACCAAAAAGAAGCCAAAUAUAAGAUAAGAUAUCAAGCCGCUUUUAAGGAAGCCAUUCAUACGCCAACAGUCGAUGAUUUUUCUUCAGAUAUAUCGUCUACCUUAGACGUAACCACCGCUGACUCUGAAGUCGACGAUUCGGUUACUGAGGAACCAACAGAUCGUUUGGAAGAAAUAAGGAAACACGUCGAAGAACGUAAAGACGAUGAGGGAAUAAGAGAUAUAAUUGAACUUGCUAAGAAGGUACCUGAAGUUAGUGAGGAUGUUACCGUCAAUAUACCUGAUCCUGUUGCAGCGACAGGCACCACUGUAUCUGUUUGGGAUUUUGCAGGUCAGACACUGUACUAUUCUACCCAUCAGUUCUUCCUAAAUAAGAGGUCUAUAUAUCUUGUUCUAAUGGACAUGACUAAAAAGUUGAAUGAGUGUAUAAAAGAAGAUGAAACAAGUGGAAUAUGGUGUGGUUUGAGUGAAGAAUGUACAUAUUUGGAUGUAUUUAAGUUUUGGCUGAAUGCAAUCCACAUGUACAGCGGUUAUAAGUCUAUGACCGGAAGAAUUACUCCAACUGUAAUUUUAGUUGGUACUCAUAAAGAUAAAAUGGAGGGUUCUGACGAGGAGAAAGAGACCAAAAAAGAUAAGUUUUUUGAUAAAGCACUGCAAGCAUUUGCACGUACAAAGAUUUUGAAGCAUAUUCAUAGGAAAAAAUACUUGGUGAAUAAUUUAACUUCUGAGGAUCCUGUUUUUAAACAGAUACGGAAAGAAAUUCGACGGCUGGCAGAGAAGCAGGAGUUUUGGAAUGAAAACUAUCCUGUACGAUGGAUCCAGAUGGAGCAGUCUCUUGACAAAUUGAGAGACAGCGGAAAACAACUACUAGAGAAAAAUGAAGUUAAUGCCGAAAAUAAAUCAAAUGUUCACCCAGUUAUUGAAAAGGAACUCGAUUUGUUCUUGGAAAUUCAACAUAGGCAUGGCAAUAUUUUGUAUUUCAACACAGAUCAACUGAAACAUUUGGUUGUUCUUGCCCCGCAAUGGAUCAUUGAGGUAUUCAAGUGUUUUAUCUCGCAUAUAAAAAAUAAAGAUCCUAACUUGAGCGUACAAUGGAGGGAAUAUAAGAAAAACGCUAUUCUUAAACCAGAGAUUUUCAGUGAAAUUAUGGACAAUGCUCCACCGAAUAUUGAAGAAAAUAGACAGCAUAUCAUGAUGUACAUGGAGCAACUAGAUGUUAUGGCGAAACCCUUAAAACCUGAAGAAUUCAAAGAAACCGAUGCUCUCCAAGAACCCGAACAAGAAACUCUUGAUGCUGCUGAAGAAUUGAAUAUCAAUUUUUUAGAUUUCCAUAUUGUUCCGUGUCGUCUGAAGAAGCCACCACCUCCCAUAGUCCAAUUUACUUCGCCGGAAGAUUGCAAGAAAACGCCAGUUUUAUGCUUCGUGUUCAUUGAUAAUUUCAUGCCACCAUCUUUUUUCCACCGACUUGUUGCUGUGUGUAUUCGCACUUGGCCUAUCGGCCAACAAAACGGAAAAAACCUGCUGUACAAUGGGCUUGCAGUGUUUGAAAUUCGUGCAACAUACCGUUUGACAAUCUGGUACAAAGAUCACAUUAUUUACGCACGCAUAUCAUCUUGUAAGAAGGAGCCCUUAUUUGAACUUGAUUUCAAGUUGUGUCAUGGUGUAAGACGCACACUCAGACUCACUUUGGAAAACUUUGUUGCUCAAUCAUUGGAGAAUCCCUGGACUGCCAGAAAAUUUGAUGAGAGCAUUCCAUGCCCAUACAUGAAAGAGCCUUUGUACAAUGCAGGAAUGUUCAGGGUAAAGGCUUUCGUGUAUGAUCGUGAAUUGUCUUGUACGGCAUGUCCGAAACAGCAUGCGGUGAGUAGGGAAGAGGCGAUGAAGGACUGGUACAAGGAAGCAUUAGAUCGAAAUCAAAAUGAUGAUGAUUCGAAUAGGCCAGUCGAGGAAAGUGAUCUGUCUAAGGCUUCCAAGGUGGUCGGUAAAGAAUACUGGAUGUUGGGCAUCGAACUGGGAUUGACCGAUGCGGAAAUGGAACAACUAUAUAAUGAGAAGGAAUGUAAAAAUAAUCGUAAUACGUUUGUGUUUAGAUACAUGGUGAUGUGGAAGGACAAGGAAGGAAAAACUGCAACACUGCAAAAUCUUCAAAAAGCCAUGCAGGCUGCUCUUCUCAACCACUAACGUGAUGAUUUUUCCACAGCCAGAUUGUAAACAUCAUAUUGUUCUCGAUAUCUCUGUUUCCAAUUGUGAAGAGGAUGAUUAAAAAUUCCCAAGAAACAUCAGCGUUAGGAAUUUCCUAUUUGUGUAUUCAUGUUGACUUUGUGAAAUACACUCAGUGUUCAGCUGACGGUCUGUUUUAUCACAAUUUAUAUAUUAUUGACACACACGAUACGUCUUGUGUCCAUGGAUUGACUGUGGUAUUGGUAUCAAGUGGUUAAUUAAAUCUCAACUUAAGUCCUUGAGUGAAGGUAUAUAUUAAUAAAAAGGAGCUCUAAAGCCGUAGGCACUUAUUUUGCUGGGAAACUCAUUUCUUAUAAAAAAUUGAUAUCCCAGAAGUUUUCUCUCGUGUGUUUGUUAUAGCUUUUAAUUAUAUUUAUAUAGCCCCAUACUGCAGAUAUAUUGAAGUGAAGGUGCAAAGCUGUUUGCACAUUUUUGCAGAUGUUGUGUAUUUUAAUGAAUUAACCAUGUUCAUUAAGUCAUAAAUCGUGUUUGUUUAUUCGUGCGUGCAUGCGUGUUUAUGUGUACGUCGUAGUCAGUGUGCAUUUAUUAUCAAAUUUAUAAUAUUUUAGAGUGUAACUAUACGUAGGUGGAACAGACGCUACUAAAAUGUGUUGUUGUUUUCGUGAAAAGGAUAUUGUUGAAGUUGUACAUUGUGAUUAGGGACUUUUGCGCUGGAGUUUGGUGUUAUUGUUGUUGUUUUUUUAAAUAAUAUAACCCAUGACAUUUACUACUACUAUAUAAACUGGUGUUUAUCAUAAAGUGUUUAUUGAUAUCAUUUGCUUUUCUGCAACAUAUUUAAACAUUGUUUUUUGUAAUUAACGUGUACAUGUGAUUUUUUUGUAAAUUACAGUAGUUAAAAAAUAAUUUGUAUUUGUAUUAUUUCUACAUGCUUUAGAAAUAAACAAUUUUGUUGUUGUUUCCAAUAUCUUGCAGUAAGCAAGAAACUCAAAUGAUGUUUAAAUCCCGAUAUAAUGAAUUGUUUAGCUAAGUGGAGUAAUUGCAUUGUAUGUGCUUGUUUAAUGUCCACAAUACCUAUAAAUUGUACUUCUAUUGUCAAAACUGGCGCGUUUGAAAUACCAUUUUUCAUAUCUAUUAGUAUAUGGGAAAUACUGGUAAAACAUGCAUUAUGAGCGACAUUUAAAUUAAUUUUGAUUUAUGUUUUGUUGAAUAAGUAAAGAGUUUGAGUAAAUUGAGUAUGUUUAAACGAUGUUCUACAUCUGUAUGUGUGGACAGUUGUUUUGCUUUAAAUAAUUAUACCCCCACUAAACGAAGUUUAGGGGGGUAUAUAGGAGUGAGCAUGUCUGUCGGUCGGUCUGUCUGUCGGUCCGUGUCCGCUCUCUAAUACAAGUAGUUUUCAUCCGAUCUUCACCAAAUUUGGUCAGAAGUUGUAUCUAGAUGAUGUCUAGGCCAAGUUCGAACAUGGGUCAUGGCAGGUCAAAAACUAGGUCACGGGGUCACUUAGUGCGUUUUAAACAUUGAGCAUGGUGCCCGCUCUCUAAUUCAAGUAGUUUUCAUCCGAUCUUCACCAAACUUGGUCAUAAGUUGUAUAUAGAUGAUGUCUAGGUCAAGCUUUAACAUGGGUCAUGGCAGGUCAAAAACUAGGUCAGGGGGUCACUUAGUGCGUUUUAAACAUUGAGCAUGGUGCCCGCUCUCUAAUUCAAGUAGUUUUCAUCCGAUCUUCACCAAACUUGGUCAUAAGUUGUAUAUAGAUGAUGUCUAGGUCAAGCUUUAACAUGGGUCAUGGCAGGUCAAAAACUAGGUCAGGGUGUCACUUAGUGCGUUUUAAACAUUGAGCAUGGUGUCCGCUCUCUAAUUCAAGUAGUUUUCAUCCGAUCUUCACCAAACUUAGUCAGAAGUUGUAUCUAGAUGAUGUAUAGGUCAAGUUCGAAUAUGGGUCAUGCCGGGUCAAAAACUAGGUCACUGGGUCCCUUAGUACGUUUUACACAUUCAGCAUGGUGUCUGCUCUCUAAUUCAAGUAGUUUUCAUCCGAUCUUCACCACACUUGGUCAGAAGUUGUAUCUAGAUGAUGUGCAGGUCAAGUUCGAACAUGGGCUAUGCAGGGUCAAAAACCAGGUCACGGGAUCACUUAGUGCGUUUUAAACAUUGAGCAUGGUGUCCGCUGUUUUUUGUGAAGACAACAUGCAAAAUAUUCUGUGUCAAUGCGGCAUGUGGGGGUAUUCGUCACGUCUGUUACAAAGCUCUAGUUUGGUUUUGGAAUUAUUGAUAUGCUUUAAAUCUAUAGCUUCUAAGAGACGCACGUAGUUUUCAAUUUCGGAGCUGUUUGCCUUCAAUAAACCUCGAUUUUAAAGGCUCACAUAUUAGGGCGUUCGAUAAAAUGUGACUUACUAGUGAAAGUAAUACAUAUUUAAAUAAAAUACUACGAUUGAAGUAUAUUAUAUUAAAAGUUCUUAUGAACUUGAAGUAGAGUAUUCAGUUAUAUAACUUAAAUAUAUAACUAUAAUAUAUAUUUUGCUUGGAUAAGUGUGAAAAUGUUAAGCACUUAAAAAAUUCAUUUAUGCAAAGCACUUUAUAUUAAUUCAAACUUUUCCGUAACCUUGAACUGAUGUAUAGCAAUCAAUAUCAUACUGUAUAAUGAACGGCAUGAAGUAUGUCGGUUGUUAGUAGGUAAAAUAAAUGUUUAUGUAAGAACAUUCAGGGGAAGUAAAAGUCUUUAACCAAUAUAGUUGUAUUAUCUUACAUAGGUAGUGCCUCCCCGAUUUAAGUUGUAAAGACAGGUCCAAAAGUUUGGCAAGUAAGCCGAGAACGGGAUUGAUUAAGAAUCAUAACAACUAUAGGCAUCAUGUUGGUAUCUCAUGAUAAAUGUGUUACAUAAUAUGUUUAUCAAUCCGACAAUUUUCUCAUGUUGUGUAUGGAUAUUUAUUGUUUUUACAUUUCCUUUUAUUAAAUAUUAAUAUGUGUGUAAAUUAACAAUAAUUUAAAAACAAUCAAAACAACGUGUUUUGUUAUCAACAUUUUUGAAUGUUAUGUUAUUUUAGUGUUGCCUGAAAAAAUAGCGUUAUAUUUUUGUUUCAAUAGCUUUAGAAAGGUACUUUACCUAUAAGUGUUUAGUCACAUGGGCCUAUAAUGAAAAUACUCUGUGUAUUCUAUAAAAAAAUAUACAACUGAUACAACUGUAACCAUCCGUGCAAACACUUUGGUUUGAACAAUAGCAAAACAUCACUUCCAAUAUUAAUAACUAUGCAAAAAUACUGUAUACUAACAGCCCAAACUUUUGUUUUCCUGAAAAUAACUUAAUUGACAGCAGCAAACGUGUUUAUAGUUUUAUUUUGAACAAACAUUCGAUGAUAAACUCCUCUUUGGUACAUAUUGUUCCAUGAUUAAAUAAUUAUAGAGGCGUUAAGUUAAUUUAACCUUUUUGAUAACCCUUGGACAAUUAAUUAAUCAAACUAAACAAUUUUCAUGACUUUAUUGUGUAUAAGAACACUUUAAAUAGUAAACUUGUGUUUAUUAUCUACAAUCUUUCUAAAUGUAUAUGCAACUUGUCAGGUAAUGUAACGUUCAACGUGAUUUGCUGGAUAUAUAUUUUAUACUGCAUUUAAGAUCUAGUCAAUGAAAACGAAUUUUAAACACAUGUUUAACAUUAUGCAAAAUAAAAAGAAAAAUCGUGUUAUUGUAAAUGGAAACAAAAAACUGAAUUGCAAAGGAAUUUUCUAAUAUAAUUAUUAGUUUUAAUUGUUGUUCACAUGUGACAAAAUCAGAACUUUCGACCUUUUUGAAUGAAACGUAUGUCCUAAUUCAAUGAAAAGCUAGUAGUUUAUUUGCUAGGUGUAUGAAUUUCUACAAGAUAAAUGUAUUUGAUAUUGUUAUACAGUGUAUUUGGUGUAUUUAUUGCUUUUUCAAGCGAAUUGUUCGCCAUAUAUCAGACAAUUUUACAGUGGUAUCCAUUGUACAUUGUUAUACAAUAUAUUGAGUAAUUGUUUAAGGUCUCUAUGUUUUUAGUAAAGAACAAAGAGAAAAACAUGUUAAAAUGAAAUAAAUAUGUUUCGCUUAAUGUAGCUAUUAAACGUAUUAUGUUUUAAAUUGCUUAUUCAAUACGAUAACAUUGUAAUAUUAUCCAUGCAUAAUAUUCAUAGAUAUCUUAAUGUCUGCAUUAAAUAUAUGUUGGUCAUACAUGCGUUUAAAUAAGGAUUGGUAUGCAUUAAUUUGUGUUUUUACUAAACAUUAAUUAUACAAUUAUCACUAAUUUUACAAUUUACUAGACGUGUAUUUGUUUGUUUCAAUAAUUGAGAUGCCUUGAAGUGAGCUGAAGAUGAUAUGUAGCGAAAAAGUAAUGAUUAAUAUGGAUUUUAAUGAUGUGAGUAAAUUAUAUUUGAUUGUUAACUUUCAUUUGUGGAAAUUUUAAUCAAGAUAAAUAAAAGUUACGUUAUUCGUAUGCAUCAUGCCAUAUUGUAUUAAUACAUGUCUAGAUGCACACGUACAUUAUAAAUGAAAAUACUGUUGCAUUAUGAAUAAGCCUUCAUGUAUGUUUUGGAUGUAGACACUAUGUUCGUGUCAAUUGGUAUUUUGUUCCUCUUAACAUUGAUUAUGCGGUUAUUAUGAAUACUUUUAUGAGUGUGCUACUUCAGAAAUUAUUGUCUGUCUUGAGUUGUUAAUUUCUUAACAAGCAGUCAAGCAUAGGAAUAAAAUAGAAACUUUUAUAUCACGGUUUUGGAUAGCGUUUACUAGUAAAGGGAAAAUUAAUAUUUGUAUUUUCUUUAAUGGACUUGACCUGUUUAAUUAUGGUCAACUUAAGGAUAAAUCUUAUAAAUGCCAUGUUUAACUACAACAGCGCGUGCAAACAUUAUCAUUUCUAUUUUAACAAGUAAAGGAAAAAGAUUUAAUAAAAACAUGCCUUGCGAAAUAACAUGAAUUACAAUAAUACAUUUUAAUUUUCUCCCACGAUUGCUUUUAACAACUUUGCAUUUUACAAUUCAACCAUAAUUUUCAAAUUCCAAAGUAAACGUCGAUACUUUUCUACGCUUGUUAAUAUUUAUAUAAUUACCAUUAAGCAUUUCUUUUUUUAUUGAAUGGAUUCCUUAAAGACGUCUUAUCACUCUUCAUAGGUAGUAUAUGUAGUAUUAUCUAUAUAAUGUAUAUUCAAGUUGCUGAUUUUCUUUUGUUUGUUUUUUUUUUGUCGUAAUUUCCUAUGUAUUGCUGCUGACAUUGUCAUUGCUGUAAUUUUAAAUGCAUAUUGUUUAAAGUUUAUGAUUUUAUUUUAAUUCAUGUUAUGAAUUUAAAUAAUUUCAGAAUUGAAAUAAUUAAUUGUUUUAAUAGUUUUACUACCAAAUUUGUUAAACCAUCGCAUUUUUAUGAUGUUUAGUCCCUUUAUGUUGCAAUAUGGUGAACUAUUGUGAUCACCCUAUAUCAGGCGACCGUCAUCGUUGGUCAUGUGUCGUCAACUUUUAGCUUGUUAUCAUACAAGAGGGAAUUUUUUUAUCCUAUCGUAAUGAAACGAGGUUAGAUCAUGGGUAUCAAAAAGCUAGGACACCAGGUAAAAUCUUAGAAAAACCUUGUAAUCACUGUACAGGUCACAUUUACAGCUCACUCUUAAUGAAAUUUGAUCAGAAUGUUUAUCUAAAAUAUGAUUAUAGUCCGAGAUAUAAUCUGGAAAACGUGCGUCCAAAAACUAGGUUACCAGGUCUUAUCUUAGACAGAACGUUCUUAUUACUUUAGAGGCCACAUUUAUGACUCAAGUUUGAUGAAACGUGGUCAGAAUGUAUAUUUUCAUAAUUUUGAUAAUGUAUAGACCGAGUUCGAAACUUGGGCAUGUGCGUCCAAAAGCUAGGUCACGUUGCCAGAUGCUAGAAAAGCAUUUGUAUCACUGUUAAGACCACAUUUAUAUCUCAAUCCCGUUGACAAUUGGUCAAAAUAGUUAUCUUAACAAUAUCAGGGCUGAAUUUUAAUCUGGGUAACGUCCAUCCAAUAACAAUAUAACUAGGUCAACGUUGUCCUUUAACAGGCUAUAAGUAUGACUCAUUCUUGAUUAAGCUUGGUCAGAUUGUGUAUGGGUACAAUAUAAAGGCGUGAUUCAAAUUUUGUUCAAAUUAAUUCAAAAACGUAGGUCACCAGGUAAACUCUUAACCUUGUUGUCUCGCUAGAUGGCACAUUCAUGGCUUAAUCCUGGAAAAUGUUUCGACGAUUAGUUUCCCUCGAACUUAAGUGAGCGCCUUAGGGCCAUCAUGACCUUCUUGUUUUUGGUUUAAUACCAAUAUUACGUUUUGCUUCCUGAGAAAACGAAGGUGAAAAUUCUGCUCUAAGAAUACUUUGAUGUUUUUGCCAAUACACUGAAACAAACUUUAACAAAAAAGCCCUAAAAGAAUGUAUGUUGUAUUGAAGAAACGUAGUGCAUACUUCUAAAAUCAACACAUAUAUAUAUAGAUGUAAGGUAGUUGUCCACAUCAAGAAUUUAUUCGUUUUUGUAUCACAUAAAGGGACUUAAAAAAUGACCGUGUUAUGUGCGCAAAAUAAGUAAAAUUAUAACAUAUGCUAGUACUAGUAAUAAAUGUUAGUUUCAUUUUAAGUAUCUGUUUUAUUGUGUAAAUAUGAAAUUGUUAAACAUUGACAGUUAUAGCAUGUUAAAUGGGUUAAUCGAUGCCGCGUUCUAUCAAAUAGUAAGAAGCGCACAGUACUGACAUAUCAAAAUAGUACCUUUUUGUUUGUAUUAAAUUAUGUGUCCAGUUUUAGACAAUACAUGAAAGUUAAGACGAAGUUCAUUCACAAACGUCGCACUGAAAAUGUUUCUUAGCUACCAUGAAAUAACAUUGCAUGGACCUUGAAAACAUAUUCAUACGGUUCAAGGCGUUUUAAAUAUUUCACAUUAGAGCAAAUGAAAAACAUUCAAAAUUAAGUUGCACUGAGAAUUUAUAUUGCUUUUCACGUUUGUUUGCAUCGGAGCUUGUCUCUUAUCUAACGUCGAUGAACCCCUUUAUUGUUUGUUUAUAUAACAUUAAGCCAAUGUUAUUAAUGUCAUUCAUACUAAUUAUACGUGUAUUCAUUAUGAUUAUUAGUGUACACCAAUUCCCAUUCGGUGGCGUUUGUAUACAGAAAUCACCUUACAGUCCGAUGUUGGUUUAGCCCUCUGUCGCGAAAUGUGUCCGUCUAUUUUUAAUGUUCGCGAAUGCUAUGAUUAAGCACUUAAAAACACACACAAUAUGAUGCACAAAAUCAAGUUUGCUUUUUUAUUUUAAGGCGAAAGGUCAAUACUGCAAAGGUUCAUGAAAACAUAUCCUUAAAAUUUAAUUCAACAAGUAUAACUUUUCUAACAAAUUAUAAACCAUAAAAUCAGUAAUUACAAAAAGUUUAAGACAUCAGUUCAAUUUUGGGUAUCCGUGUCCUUUAUACAUCUUACUAAUUUAUAUUGCUGUUGCUCUCACUCUGCGUUUUUCUUUUGACAUGUACAUAAUUAUAUGAAUUCAAAUGAUUUUGAAGGAAGCAUCUAUGUAAAAGUGCCAAUAUAUAUACGAGCGUGCUUAAAUACAGACAUUUUAUGCUAUAAGAAAUAGUGUACCUAGAGUCGGCAACUAGAAGUGUAUUUAUAUUUAUAACAUACACAUAACGUAAUUAUAGGAAUCCAUCAAUUGAAAUGUACAUACUAACCAUUACAUUAAUAAGUCUUCUGAUAAAAUGUUAAGCAUAUCGAUCAACAGCUGUCUUUUACUAGAAAAUUACUCUUAUCAUGUAAGAAGAAAUAAUUUAAGAUGAUUUAUCUUAUUUACCAUGUAAAAUAGUUUACUAAAAUUCGUAGUUAGUAAACUUUUAGCUUAAAAUACAUUUCUUGCAAAACUAAUACUCCGAACAAGCUCUGUUUAUGUAUUUAAUAGAUUUGCCGUACCUGUUAAUGUAGCAUAUAUUAGGAAGUCAAUUUAGUAGACUGUAUUGGCUAUAUCGCAAACAUAUAGUCAUUUGUUUCAAUGUUACAUUACGCAGUUGAAGCAAAAUAAAGACAAAAGAUUCACUAGUUUGAUUCAUUAGUUUAUUUCCUACUAAAUUUAAACAGUGUUUAUAUGAAUUGCAUGUCCAAUACCAUGUUUGUACGAAUGGCUGAAUGAGACAAUAAAUAUAUUAUUCAUA